UCAGUUGUCAUUCAGAUGGAAAAAAUAUCUUUGCAAGUGUGAUUUUGAACCGUCAUUGGAAAAUUGCGUUUUAGUUAAAACUUUAUAAAAGAAAGAAUUGAAAUAAUUUUUUUAAUAUCAUAAAGAGCUUAGAUGUGUGUUGAUAGAAAUUAUACGCUAACCUCAGCUCCUUUGCAGAGCUUAAAAAUUAAAUAAUAUCCUCAGAGUUUCGUAGUUCUCAAGUUUCUGAAAAUUAGAGGUCGUUGACAAGCGGAAAACAGAGCAUAUAAUUAAAAUAAAUCAUUGGAAACCUUUUUUACACAAAACGGAAAGGAUUCAAUAACUGCAUACGACCAUCAUGCCUCAAUCUCGAGCUUCUGCCGCUGCCGAGGUAGUUAAUAAUGCGGCUGGUCCUCAGCCUCUAGUAAAAAUUGGUCAUUAUCUCUUGGGUGCCACGUUAGGAACAGGCACUUUUGGUAAGGUAAAGAUUGGUGAACAUCAGAUGACUAAACAUAAAGUGGCCGUGAAAAUAUUAAAUCGACAAAAAAUCAAAAGUUUGGAUGUGGUUAGCAAAAUUCGCCGUGAGAUACAGAACUUGAAACUCUUCCGUCAUCCCCAUAUUAUUAAGUUAUAUCAGGUGAUUUCCACACCCACUGACAUUUUCAUGAUUAUGGAGUAUGUUAGCGGUGGUGAACUGUUCGACUAUAUUGUCAAGCAUGGAAAAUUGCAGGAGUACGAGGCACGUCGAUUUUUCCAGCAGAUUAUUUCGGGUGUUGACUAUUGUCACCGUCACAUGAUUGUGCAUCGCGAUCUGAAGCCCGAAAACUUAUUGUUGGAUCAUAAUCGUCACGUUAAAAUAGCUGAUUUUGGUUUAUCUAAUAUGAUGUUGGAUGGUGAAUUCUUGCGUACAUCUUGCGGUUCUCCUAAUUAUGCCGCUCCGGAAGUUAUUUCGGGUAAACUUUACGCUGGCCCUGAAGUGGAUAUUUGGUCUUGUGGAGUGAUUUUAUAUGCUUUAUUAUGCGGUACAUUGCCUUUUGAUGAUGAACAUGUUCCCACAUUGUUUAGGAAAAUCAAGUCUGGCAUUUUCCCUAUACCGGAGUAUCUGAAUAAGCAGGUAGUGAAUUUGGUUUGCCAAAUGUUGCAAGUGGAUCCUUUGAAGCGUGCCACCAUAGAAGAGAUCAAAAAGCACGAAUGGUUUCAAAAAGAUUUGCCUUCGUAUCUAUUUCCAUCUUCUAUAGAACAGGAUUCUAACGUCAUUGAUACGUAUGCCGUGGCAGAAGUAUGUCAAAAGUUUGGUGUUAAAGAGCAAGAAGUGCACAAUGCCUUACUAAGCGGAGAUCCUCAUGAUCAAUUAGCUAUUGCUUAUCAUUUGAUAAUAGAUAAUAAACGUUUCGCUGAUGAGGCUGCUAAAACGGAAAUAAAUAAUUUCUUCGUUGCCGGUUCGCCGCCACCCGUCGCCCAUUCGCCUAAUGAUCUUGGUCAAGAUAUAAGCGCAGGCGGCUCCAGUUCGGGUACAUCGACCCCAGGGCGUACUUCUUUAAUCGGUUCUUUAAAACCUCAUCCAGAGCGCAUCGCUCCUUUAAGGGAACGCCAAUUGGCCAUGUCAGUUCAAACGUCAGGUGGUGCUGCUUUUCCAGAAAAAGCGGCUCGUGGCACUCCUAUCAAACGUGCCAAAUGGCAUUUGGGUAUACGAUCUCAAAGCAAGCCGAAUGAUAUCAUGUUGGAAGUUUACCGAGCAAUGAAGGCCCUAGAUUAUGAAUGGAAAAUAAUAAAUCCAUAUCAUGUCCGUGUACGUCGUCAUAAUCCAAAGAAUGGCAAAUAUUCUAAAAUGUCUCUUCAACUCUAUCAAGUCGAUGCUAAGAGUUAUUUGUUGGAUUUUAAAUCUUUAACAAACGAUGAGGUCGAGCAAGGUGAUGACGUCAUUUUAGAGAGUUUAACUCCACCCGCUCUAAGUAAUACCGGUAUAAUGCCUACUCAACCAACGGGACAUCAUACCAUGGAAUUCUUUGAAAUGUGCGCCGCUUUAAUAAUACAAUUGGCCCGCUAAUCAUCUUGAAUUCUUCUAAAUAAAAUACAAAACUUACAACACGUGACACUGGCUAACGUUCAGUAAAUAGAAAAAAGUCUUCAAAUUAUAUAGAUAUUGUUGUUGUUUUUGUGUUGAAUUUCAAUUCUGGUAAUUUUGUAAUAUGUAAAAAUAUUUGUUUUUUUUUUCUUUUUAUCAUUGUUUCUCCAAUUGUUUUUAAACGCGUAGUGAAAAAUCAAAGAACAUUUUUAAUAGCUUUAAGAAAUUCCUGUUAAAAUAUAUAUUAGAGAAAGAUA